AUGGAUUUACGGGACGAUUUCCACCGAUCUUCUGAACACUAUUCUGAAGCCCAACACCAAGCAUACGCUGCUUGGACGGCGUUGGCAAAUAUUUUUCAAGAUAAUAAGGCCACGCGAACCAUCGAUCUGAAUAACAAGUUUGCCAACACACGUCUUGAACAAUUUCCCUCCAUGACGGCGUACUGCCAGGCGCUCAAGGUAAUCUAUGAUCAACUUACUAACGUUGGUUCUCCCAUCACUGAAGAACAAUUGGUCUUACAACUCCUCAUGGGCCUUACGGAAUCAUAUGAGAGCACCGCUACUAUCAUUCAACAAACCAGUCCCUUACCGGACUUCUAUGAGACCCGAUCAAGACUAUGUAUGGCUGAGACACGCAAAGCAAAUCAGGUUCGCAAUGCAGCUCAAGCCACUGGUACUGCUCUCGUGGCAUCUUCCAACACUCGUCCGCCGCCAAAUUCUGACAAUCCAGGCUCUCGGUCAGGUUCCAGUCGCUAUGAAGCUCGCUCAGAUUCAAAAUCGGGAUCAAAACACCCGUGGAAGAGGUCGCGGUCGCGGCCGUGGACACGGACGCGGUGGUUCAGCAGGUAG